AUGGAGUCCUACGCGCCGUAUCAUCCACAACAAGCUCCGACAUAUCCCCACCCCCAUACACAAUCACAACAGACGCACGCGAGUCCUGUCAUGCAGACACAACAACAGCCCAACUACGCGCAACAUCAACAGCAAUCGCAGAUGGCUGGACAACAUAUGAUGAUGCAGCCUGGCUACAACCCAGCGUAUGGCAUGCCACAGCAGUUUGCGAGUGUGCCGCACGCUGCUGCAAUGGCGACAGCAGCAGUGUCUGGAUAUCCUGCGUAUACCAUGCCAGAGUCAGCCAUGCAAGGCUCGCUGCAUCAGACGUCGCCACGGAUGCAGCAGCUGAAGACUGACGGGUCGGGGAUACAAAGACCCAAUCCACAGUCUCCACGAGCACAGGCAUCGAUGAAUGUGCCUCAUAGCAUGGGUGCGCCGAUGCAGAUGCCGCCAGCACAAUCGAUGCCGAAUAGUAUGCCACCACAGAUGCAAGCUCAGCAAAUGCAGCAAGCCCGAAGGAUGUCACAUACUGUUCCUAGUCCAGCAGUACCCUCUCAACAAGUGCCGCCUUCGAUGAGUGCGCCACCACGACCACCAACAGCACAAUCAGCUCUGCCACCUCCACAAGUGCAACAACGAAGUCCGGAAGUUCCAGUGGCAGGAACAGCAGAAGAGUCGCCACUAUACGUCAACGCCAAACAAUUCCAUCGCAUCCUGAAAAGGCGUAUGGCACGCCAGAAACUGGAGGAGAACCUACGACUUUCGAGUAAGGGCCGGAAGCCGUAUCUGCACGAGUCCAGACAUAACCACGCCAUGCGCCGACCUCGUGGUCCAGGUGGCAGGUUCUUGACAGCAGACGAGGUCGCACAGAUGGAGGCGAAGGGUGCCAUCCGUCCCGACGGAACGGUAGAUCUCAGCCAGCUACCCGAGUCGUCACUGAACGGGAGUGCGAAACGAAAGGCUGCGUCGGGUAAGAAUGGUGCGGCGAACAAGAAGCCCAAGCCUCAUCAUAGCGAGGAAGAUGAGGAGGAUGAGGAUGACGAGGGUUAG